UUAUGUGUUCAUCAGAUAUCAAUCAGGAGCUAGCUGAGGUGGCAGAGAAUUUCUAUCUUUGGUUUCUUGUUCUUAGAUUGCCUACUACUAGAAUUGUCCUGUAUCCUCAAUGUGGGUCCUUGGAGCUCGUAACUAACUUUAGUCCUGUCAGAUAUUUGAUUGAAAACGCUGAUCCAUGGAGAAUGCUGACGCAACUGCUAUUAAUUUGAGCAAGUUCAUAUCUCAGUGUUCAUCAGAGGGCAGCCAGGAGCAUCUCAAUGCAUACUGUAGAGACUCUCCGCAGUGUAAUGAUUUAUUUGCCGUCUUAGAUAGAGAUGGAAGUCAACAGCAGCCUACACCGAAAGAGCUUCAGCUAGUCUUUCAAGCCUUGGAGCAUGUUCUGCUCUACACGGCCGCGCUGGCCAAGGAUGCAUCCUCCGGCUUGGCGGGGGUUGGCGCCUUACGAGCCGUUGGGCAGACAGUGGUCGCCAAGCUGCUUCAAAAUCACAUGAAAAUGAUUUACCACUCCCUGAAUACAGCGUCACCGUCGUACCUAGUUCGUAGUUGUCUAAAGUUACUGAUUGCAGUCUGUGUACAAGGCAGUGAGAGUACAAGACAGCUAUGUGGCGUACUCGAUCUUGGCUUCAAGCCUCUCCAAAUGUUGCCAUCACGGCGAGACGCCAAGUCGGCAGAUGACAUUCGCGGUGCCUUUGUCAAGUUUUGCAUUGCGUUAUUGCUGUAUGGCGAUGCUGAUAUCAUCCGAGUAGCCAUGGAGUCCAAAGUCCUGCUAAGUUCUUUGUUCAGGCUCCUGCCAUCAGACCGUCCGUUGGUUGUGCAUAUGAUGCUGUCAACCCUACUUGACAAGGUCUUGAAGAAUCCAUCCGUGACAAAGAAAUCCAAACUUGAGUUCUUCAACAGCAAUGUUUUGUUGCUGAUUUCCAAGCUGUGCCAGCGCUUUCAGGACACAUUAUCCCAGGCAUCCACGGACAGUGAGGAUGGUAGUGAGGUCAAGCAAGUCACUGUGGCCAGCUUAGCAGCUGGUUUCCUGCAUACUGUCUGCUGUUCCAGUGUGCACGGCAUUGGAUUUGCCAGCAAGUAUCAAGCAUCAGGAGAGUGUAACAAUCCGAUUCUCCUGCGGUUCCUGACGAGCAUUCACGUGACUGAUCGCAAUGCGUUGGUGGAUGAGCUCAUCAUAUCCACGCUGUCAACUUACCCUGACCUGCUGCACUCCUACUGGUCUGCUGCUGCGUUCAGUUUGGAGCCACGGCCAAGCCAUGUGUGGCUCGGUAAUGUCAAGCUAGCCAUCAAUGUGCUGGAAUCGGUUGAAUGUCCUCCAUUGUCCUUGGUCUCAGCAGCAUCUAGUGCAGCAUCUGACGAUCUUCUAUCUGCCAAGAGUAUAUUUGUGGAUGCACCAACCUCAUCCCUUGAUGACAUGCCAGUGGAAAUGAGCAGUGCUACACCUUGGCAGCUGCUUGGUACACUGGUACCGUCAUCUCUGACAUCCACUAUGAUCGGCCAUGGCAUGCAGCACUCCAACGGGUUUGUCAAGCUAUCCACACUGCAACUGCAGGCACUGGUGCUGCGGCGUGCAGACCGCUUCUUGGUCUGGUGUCGCAGUGCGUCACAGCAGUUUCUGCACAAUGGCAAGGUGAAUGUGUCAUCCACCAGCCUGUCCAGUAAAGACAUUGAUCUUGUUGCAAGUGCAGUGCACGACGCUGUUACUCAGCUUGUGCCCAAUAUCAAUGUCUUAACUGCAGUCUGCCAACAAGUGCUGAACAGUUUUAAUGCACCGGUUGAUGCUGCUAGCCUGCAACUUGACAGCACCAAUGGUCAAUCUCCACCAGAGUUUAGCCAUUCAGACCUGCUGUCGGCAAUACUGGAGUGCUUAGUUAGUUAUCAUUCCUUGGUACCAUCAUGCUUCAUUCAGACAGGAUACGAUCUCUGUAAGCUGCUUGCACCCGUAUCAUUGACUGGAGAAGCAGGACCAGCUUCUGAACUACAAUCAUUUCUGUCCCUGCCCUUCCACAUUCAAGCGCUGAUCAUGCAACUUCUGCUUCAAGCAGCUCCUAAUUCCAUACAAUGGCACAAGCCAAUGGCUAAAAUGAGCUUUUCCCCGCUGAACGUCAUCAUCAAGUCCUACAUUGGUGCGCUAAUUGCAUCAUCCAGUGAGAGCGAAGAUGAGAGUGUCGACUCAGCCGCAGGGGACUGUUUGUCUACUGCUGAACGCUUACUGAUCAAGUUGACGCGUGAAACCGAAGUUGUUGGCAAUGGGGAGGUCAGUGAUUGGCUGCGAGCCAUUCGUCACCUUCACUCGGAUGGCUGCCCCGCGGAAGAUCUCAUUGCUCUCAUUGAACAGACCGAGAGCGUGUUCUGUGGCCUUGUGUCUAAACCACACACCGCCACAACACUGUGGUCUGACUUCACCACCGCCAUUAGCUAUGAAGCCAGCGUGCCAUCUGACGAGCCGCUUUUGAGCGUGGAAGAAAUCCUCCGUAAUCCAAUGUGUACGCAACGCCUCACCGCUCCCAGCCUUGUGGCUGACUGCAACGUGGAGUUAAAUUGUUCUUUGUUACUUCUUGCUCUGGAUAGGUUAAGUACUAGUGAUGCUGCCCAUCAGCAAUCUGUUUGUUUGAACUUUGUUCUCAAGUACAUUCCCCUGUGCUUGGCAAGAGCCGAUGAACCCAAACUUGUCUCCAAGUAUGUCAAGCAUUUCUCACAAUCCGCCCAAUUUAGCAAUGGAGUUGUUAUGAAGAAGUUGCUCCGUGUUACUCGUGAGACUUCAUCAACUUUGGGAUCGUCAAUGCCAGGCGAAACAGAAAGCGAGGAUGUGGAGGAGAAGAUGGAUGUCGAUGAAACACGCAAUGGUGACAGUGCGGGUGAGGACGACGACACUGUGUCUGCUUUGAAGCUCAAGUAUCGUCCCAAGAAAGAUAAUUGGAGCGACUUUGUGUCAAAUACACUUGAGUGUCAUUUUGGUCAUCCUGCAGCCUUCCUUUACCUUGCAGAGCUUGUUCCACAAGUGUACCAAGCUAACAGUCCCAGCCAAGCACUGGCACAACUUCCCCUCGACAAGAUGCAUCAGAUGCUCAUGAGCCACUCACUGUUUCUGGAAACACUGCUUGUGAGCAGCCCAUCCCCUGCUCAGCCAGUGGAAAAUGGUGCUGCUGCUAACUCAGAUGAGUGUCGUGAAGCACAGCAGAAGCUGAAAGUGAAAGAUGCGUUGGUCACCUUGUUACUGGCAAUCGUACAGGCUGGAUCCAGUGCAUGUACACAAGCACACAUCACAGUAUUUCUGGCGGCGUAUUCUCCCUAUCUCACAGCAACCGAUUCUAAGCUCUUGAAAAUACUACAUCUGUAUGAAAAAUCCUUCUCGUUAUCAAGUGUGCGAAUGUCACUGUGGGGUGACACAGCCCUAGCAUAUCUGCGUAGCAAAGCAACGCAGGGUGACGACGCUAGCCUGACGACACUGUGGACGGAAGGCUGCAUGGACCGCGUGUUGCAGCUGCUGGAUAGAGCAACGCUGCUGCAGAGUAUUCUACAUAUACCGCUGGAUAUUUGCGAGUGUGUGGAGGCUGGCACGUUCCCUGCUGUGCCCGGAUGCAAUGUUUAUGACCCGCGCUUCUUACUGCCACUGUUUGCUGAAAGCUUGAAGCCAGGCUUUGUCGUGAACUGCCAGCGGUUUGUCGACAGUGGUGCACUGAGCUUUUGCCUGGGAUGCCUGGCUUCAUUGGAUGUCAGUGUGCGUGCUGCCGCAUACCUUGCUCUGAUUCUGUUUGCUGAUCACCUGGAAUCAGAUCACACGUUCAGAGAGAGAUAUCAGAUUUCCACACUGCUGGGCAAUCUGCGCAAUGCGGUGGUUGAGGAUUGCCAGCGUCUGCCGUUUGUCAUCACUCUCUUCUUGAGCAAAGCCGCCAUCCAAUUCCUUCAUCCAGAGCACUGGAUAUACCCUAUGGUGAACAGCUUCUUCCUGCAGCGGCCUAUUCUGGAUGUGGCUGACCUGCCAUUGUUCUACAAUCUCUUCAACAGCACUGCUAUGCAGUACAAACGAGAGCGCAACUGGAUGAUUCAGUUGCUUACAGAAGGUCUACGCCAUGUGACCGAUCUGCACCUGUACCAGCGACGUCAUGUCCUGGAAUUGAUGAUGUCAUUCUACCUGUCCAGUACAUGUGACACUCGAUGCAAGGAUUUGGUGUGCAAGCUGCUACGGCAAGGCUGCCAAUUGGAGCCGUGUCGUCGCCUUUUGCUCUCUAACCUUGGCCUCGUGCCCUGGCUUUCCCAUGCUAUUACACUGGCUAUGUACAGUUCUAGUGAGCAGCAGCAGCAGCAUAGUGUGAUGUUAGUGUCCUUUGCUGAAGAGGUGCUUGCAACACUCGGCCAGUCAUCAGCAGUGGCAGCAGUGUCCCACCCGUCAUCAUCCUCUUCGUCUCAGGUCAGCACAGAGCAGUGUCAGCGUGUGCUGGACUCCUUGCGAUCUGUUUCGCUUGCAGUGCCGUCAUCAUAGGACGGCGGUGUGGCUGUCGACAUGUCCCUCCCGGAUGGAACACAGCGGUGUCACUGUUUUGUAUUAUUUGAGUAUAUAGCAACAGACUUUGGAGAUUGCACCAUUCUUUGUACAUAUCUGUAAAUGCGCCGCGAAUCCUUGGUUGGACCCAUGGCAUGUGGGGUGCCCUCUGUUGGAAUAUUUAUAUUCUCGCUUGUCAUGAAACGUCCCUCUGGCCCUGUAUGAUAUCAAACCCCCAUGUUGAUCUUGAUGGUUCACUGUACAUGUAAAUAAUUAUUCUUUCGCGAUUUCGAAAUGGAUUGGGAGGACUUCAAAUUCUUCCAAGAUUAUAAUAUUACCGAGUAGAGAGUAUGUACUCGGGUGAAACUGA